AUGGGAGAAAGGCUUUACAGUUACCAAAGCGGAGAGAAACAUACAUUUACAUGGGUAGAUUAUCUGCUGUUCGUGCUUAUGCUACUAGUAUCGGCUGUAAUUGGAAUCUUUUAUGCCAUUAAAGACAGAAAGAAAAAUACAACCAAAGACUUUUUAUUAGCUGGAGGAAAUAUGUCUCUGUUUCCCGUCGCUCUGUCUCUGUUGGCAAGUUUUAUGUCAGCUAUAACGUUAUUAGGUACACCAGCAGAGAUGUACAACUAUACAACGAUGUAUUGGUGGAUCGGGCUAUCAUAUGUUUUUGCCAUUUUUGCAUCAGCUCAUAUCUAUAUACCUAUCUUUUAUCGUCUGAAUAUAACCAGCGCCUUCGAGUAUUUAGAACAGAGAUUCGGUCGAGUAGCUCGUAUAACAGGAGCUUGUACUUAUAUUAUUCAGAUGAGUAUCUAUAUGGCUAUAGUUUUGUAUGCUCCAUCAUUAGCUCUAAACGCUGUAACUGGUGUAGAUCUAUGGGGAUUGAUUUGGUCUGUAGGAUGUGUCUGUAUAUUUUACACCACCAUUGGUGGAAUGAAAGCUGUAUUGUGGACGGAUUCAUUUCAAACUGCUAUGAUGUUAGCUGGAUUAUUAGCUAUAUUGAUACAAGGUAGCAUUGAAGCUGGAGGAUUUGCUGCGGCUUGGGAUCUCAAUAUUGAUCGUGAUCGCGUCGAAUUCUUAGAUUUUAGUGUUGAUCCAGCAGUAAGACAUAGUGUAUGGUCAUUAGCUAUCGGUGGUAUAUUUACAUGGACUUAUGUUUAUGGUACAAAUCAAGCACAGAUACAAAGAGCUAUAACAUGUCCUUCACUUAAUAAAGCCCGAAUAGCUAUAUGGUUAAAUUUACCUGGUUUAUGGGUUGUACUAUAUCUUUCAUGUUUGAUUGGAACUGUAUUAUUUGCUUUCUACCGUAAUUGUGACCCUUUAACCUUUAAACUCAUUACAGCAUCGGAUCAGUUAUUACCCCUGUUUGUUAUGGAUGUGCUGGGACAUAUAAAAGGUAUUCCUGGCCUGUUUGUCGCCUGUAUCUUCAGUGGUGCUUUAAGUACUAUAUCAUCUGGAUUAAACUCAAUAUCAGCUGUUAUCCUUCAAGAUAUAGUUAAAACAUAUUGUGUCAAAGAUAUUUCAGAGGCGAAAGCCACUUGGAUUACGAAAGGCAUAUCAUUUGGUUUUGGAUUUCUGAUGAUAGGAUUAACAUAUGUAGCUUCAUUACUUGGUGGAGUUUUACAGGCUGCUAUGGGAUUAUAUGGUAUGAUAGGUGGACCUAUUAUGGGUUUAUUCACACUUGGCAUGUUGUUUCCAUGGGCAAAUCAGAAGGGAGCUGUUACGGGAUUGUUUACCGGUUUAAUAUUAUUAUUUUGGAUUGGUAUUGGAUAUCAUGUACAUAAACCACAUGUGGCGACAAAAUCCUUAAUCAGUAUUGUCGACUGUAAUUGGAACUUAACAACCACUAUGAGUCCAGUGACCCAGUCUUUAAACGACACAUUACAACAAGUAUACGCAACUAACGUGCUAGACAGACUGUAUUCCCUAUCAUACAUGUGGUAUACAGCUACAGCAGUAGCUACAACUGUUGGUGUUGGUCUCUUGGUCAGUUUUAUCACAGGUCACACCAAGCCCGAAACACUGAAUCCGAAGCUUAUUUGUCCAAUUUUUGAUAUUAUGUUUCCGUGUUUACCAGAAAAGAUUUUAAAACCUCUUCGAUUUGGAAUUGACUACACUGGUCUUGUAAGUAAAUAUAUUACAGUUUUGCGAGUAAAUAACUUUCAAUAA